UAACUUACUUGUUUUUGACGUCGGUGACCCCACUUAGGUCCAAGGUGCUGGAAGUGCUCCCUGGAACGUCAGGAAGGAAGUUAGUGUGAGAUAUAUUUGUUUCCCUUUCUUACAAGGUGUUGAGUUUCAAGUAAGGGGAGGAAUUAUUGGAACCGAAGAUGAUUUUCGGAUUACUUUUUGCCUCUCUCUUUUGGAGUCUAUCGUUAGGCAUGACUCUGCCUAAACCGGUGACCGAAAAACAGGAGACUGAAAAACCGGCAACCCAAAGUACAGUACUCGAUCAAGAUGGAGUGACGGACGAGUAUGGUUUUACAGAAUGGGAAAUUGUCGGAGAGGUGGUUGAGUUACAGGGAAAUGGAACCUUGAUUGGCACAGUCGACAACUCCACAGAUUCUGGAGUUGGCACUAACAACAAUGCCACUGAUUUCGAAUUUGAGGAACUGGACGACGUGUCCUCCCCUCCGGUGCUGUCGGAUGAGAUGUGUCCCCAUCUCCUGGGGAUCCUGAAUGAAAUGCCCGAAGGCUUAAGGGACGCCUUUCAUGGCAUGAGGAUGGGCAAGUCCGCAGUUUCGGACAGCUGUUUCAAGUCACGGGUCCAUAACUGCAGUGAGACUGCUCUCGGCCGCUCUGUUUGUAACAACCUGUACGUUGUCUACGGAAAUUACAAGUACUGCUGCCCCCUGGAGGACAGAUUGCCGGCUCUCGAAAGAGCCGAGAACAAGAUACGCUGCAGGUGCGAUGAUGUUUGAUUGCUCUCCUACUAAAGGUUGUAAUCUCACGCCUCGUUGAGUGACUGAUGACUUACGGCAAGUGUUGGGAAAUAUAAAUCAAAAUUCACGUCCUUUUGCGAAUUCUUUGUAACAUAAAAAUAAAGAUGAUUUAGAUUC